AUGUGGAGGCCCGCAACCAGAGAAGUUACAGGAACAAAUGAAGUUCCCCUCGGAACACGUCGUCGUUUCGGUCCUGCUCCUGUUGGAGAAACCGCCCCCCCUCAGCUUGCUCAGCCUUCUCCUUCUGCUUAUCCCCGACACAACCAGCAAGAGCCCGAUGGAAGGAGAGGCAGAGAUGAUUCUCCUAUUGCGGACAUUCAAGCUGACCAAAAUGGACCCCGAAAGAGGCGUAGCCGUUGGGGCGAAGCUAAAACUGAGAUUCCUGGAUUACCCACAGCAAUUUCCGCCGCUGGUGUUUCGCAAGCUCAGCUCGAUAACUAUGCCAUUCACCUCAGAUUAGAAGAGAUUAAUCGUAAACUCAGGCUUAACGAUUUCAUACCUCCUGAGCGCGAACGUUCUCCUUCUCCUCCACCAACUUAUGAUGCUCAUGGUCGCAGGACUAACACCCGUGAAGUUCGCUACCGCAAAAAGCUCGAAGAUGAACGUAUCAGGCUGGUUGAUCGUGCUAUGAAGAACGACCCCAAUUUCCGCCCUCCAGUUGAAUAUCACCAGCAAAAGCGUUCCCAACGUCCAUCCGAAAAGGUUUAUAUUCCCGUAAAAGAGUUCCCUGAAAUCAAUUUCUUUGGUUUGCUUGUGGGCCCUCGUGGAAAUAGUUUGAAGAAAAUGGAGAGGGAGAGUGGGGCCAAGAUUAGCAUUCGAGGCAAAGGAAGCGUAAAGGAAGGAAAAGCACGCCCAGAUCAAUAUGCCGAUGAUGCUGAGGAAGAUCUUCACUGUCUCGUUCUUGCCGAAACCGAAGAAAAGGUAGCAGCUUGCGUGAAAAUGAUUAACAGGGUUAUUGAAACUGCUGCAUCCACUCCUGAAGGCCAGAAUGAUCACAAACGCAACCAACUGCGCGAGCUGGCUGCAUUGAAUGGUACACUUCGCGACGAUGAAAAUCAAAUUUGUCAGAAUUGUGGUGGUCUAGGACACCGCAAAUAUGAUUGUCCCGAACAACGCAAUUUCACUGCUAACAUCAUCUGUCGUGUUUGCGGUAGUGCUGGUCAUAUGGCGCGUGAUUGCACAGUUAACAAGGACCCUAAUGCUGUCCCCCUUGGCGGCCCCUCACCUCCUUCAAACAAGGGAGGAUUCGAUUCGGAAUAUGCUAGCCUGAUGGCGGAGCUCGGCGAAGGUGGCAGAGGUGGUGGUGGAGAUGUCGUUAAGUCAUCCUGGGCAGGACCCACCAGCGGACACGAUAUCACGGCAGGCGGAUCCAAUAUCCCCCCUUGGCGACGUCCGGAGGUCUGGCAGUCAUCCAACAAUAACAAUACUUCACAGCAGAAUGUUGGCUAUCGUCCACCUCAACAAGGCUAUCCUGGCUAUAGUGGUGCCCCUGGACAGUACGGUGCAUCGCAAUGGAGUGGUCAACCCGCUUCGGGCUACUCUCAAGCAGGUUACGGUCAACAGGAUUAUUCGGCCAAUUACGCUCAGUAUUAUCAGAAUCAAUAUGCUCAACAGCAAAUCAGCACUCCUUCUCAUUAAUAACCUCUUUUACCGCCGGUAAACUCAUCUAACAGAAAAACCAUGAGCUUCUCACUUUAAUCAGAUUCUCCCGCCGACCCGUUUAGCCUUUGCUUUUGGAAACAUGGAUUCGAUAAACUGACGGAGUCUUUUGAGGAGAAGCAGGUAUUGAACUUAACUUUGCACAGGCAGGCUGAUGCGGAACAUAGGGCCUGUAACUCACUGCAGCUGAUUGUCGGCGUUUCUCUAGGAACAUCGAUGACCUCGACGUAACUUUUGUUUUUAUUAUUGAAUGGAAUUAUAGUUCCUUUAUACUCU